CAAGAAAUUUUUUGACAGGUGCCAAGUGUCAAAACAAAUAAGGUUAUAAUUAAUUUGAUAAGAAAUGCCCCCGAAGGUGGAAGAUUUCCACAUUGCGGUGAUAAAAAACGCUAAAAGUAUCAAUUUUCGUGCUCUUUGGGAUUUGUUUCACAUCUGAACACAAACAUGCAAUAUGGAGGGCAACCAGAUAUGUAUUCUCGCAGCACAAAUCCAUGGCUCAGUCCAUAACAAGUCCAACAUCCUCACAUUGUCGACAAGAACGUUAGAUACCAUAUUGUCAUCGUUUGAACUACUUGAGGAGCAGUCAACCACUUUCCAUGUCAAGCAACCCCAGAAUUUCAAGGCUGAACUCCUACGAGACUUGCAAUACCUUUCCAACUAUAUUCAAGAAACCAAAACCUUGAAACUGUACAUUGACAGCUAUGAUGACACCCCUGAAAUCAACAUCACAAAAUUCCGAAAACUCAUCUCUUUAGAAUUGUCCAAAGUAGACGUUAAUACAGUAAUAGGACUUCAACUGUUACGUUCACAAUUACAAAAACUAAUCUGCCAGAAAACCCAAAAUAGUUUAAGUGAUAUUUUAAUAAACUGUGGGGGCGAUAAGAGUCGGGCUUCUUGUUGGAAUGAACUAAAAGAAGCCAGUUUUAUCAGUAAUAACAUUGCAGAGUUGGAUUUAAGCCUUGAGUGUGCCCCAUGGCUUCACACACUUGAUCUGAGCCAUAAUGAGAUUACCAAUUUUGAAGCUUUGAGCUGUCUUGUCAAUUUAAAAUACUUAAAUUUGGCUUACAACAAGUUGGAAGGUGUAUCGGCACUCAGGGGACAGAUUUGCAACCGUUUACAGAACCUGAUAUUGAAAAACAACUUUAUCGAGGAUAUUACUGGUCUGCGCACCCUAACAAACCUCUGGGUGCUCGACUUGAGCAAUAAUUGUCUCGUGGACCACAAGUCUCUAAUCGCUAUAUCCCACUUGGCCGCCCUACAAUGGCUCAAUUUGCAAAGCAAUCCUUUGAGUUUUCACCCGAAUCAUCGAAAUCGCACUGCCAGUUACCUCCACAUGAACACUGCGACAACUCAUUUUGUGUUAAACAACGUCGUUUUGAGUAAAACCGAGAAGAAAUUAGUCGGUUCCUACUACCCUCUCCAAAUGAGGAGUAACAACAGUUUUUCGACUGACUCUUUGAGUUUGACGACGGAGAAGGCACGGAGAGUGCGCCAUGUGGUGAUUGAGGAGGAGAAUUCGGUGAGGGAGAACAGUAUUCCGUCAUUGCCACCCACUCCGAAACAAUAUUUGGAAACAAAGAAACAAAUUGAGAAUUUGCAUGAAAAGUUUGGAGAGUCAUGGCUGAAUUCCCAGUCGGGGUUGUUGGAUGUUUUGGGGUUGGAGAGUUUCUCGCUUCCUUUGAGUACAAGUCCAUAUGAGGCCGAUUUUACGAUUUAUUCCGGGGAUUUUAGUCAGGAGCCGGUGAAAGUGACCAAGGAGGUCGUGGUUGAGUCCAUUGACCACAUCAAUGAAGAAUAUGAGAAAAAAAUUGAAGUGCUUCCAGACGAACCAGAUAUCGAAGGAGAAGAAAGCAUUUAUUUGGCCACUGUCAAGUCGGAAACUGAUCCAAUUUUUAUAGUCAUUGGGCAAACACACCUCUCUGAAAGGGAGUGUUCCACUGGGAAUGAAAGAGAAAAGUGGCAUCUAGACAGCAUAACCAAGUGCGAAAUCUUAGAUGAGGAGUUGACAACAGUUAGAGUUGAUUUCGAGACGAUGAGGAAAAGCCGCAAACAACGAAUUUAUGUCUUCGAGGACGAAAUAGAAGCCUUUGUCGCGUGUAUAAAAAAUAAAAUCAAUUCGCGAUCGCCUAAAAAAAAGGACGAUGUUAAGUAUCAGUGCAUGAAGUGUUCAACUGUGUUCGCCAAAAUAAAAAACGAGUCGAUUUUGGGGGAAUCCGCUGUUAAAUGUCCAAGCUGUGAUAGUACUUUGGUGGUAGAAGAGGUUUAAUUGACUGAUAUAUCUUUAAUUAACAAACAACAAAUUUAUCCUUCAAUUUAUUUCAUUUUUAUACAAUAUUAAAUAAAUAAUGUAAAUACAG